GACGCGCGACGUUGCCGCUCCGCGCGCACCGCGCAGUCGCGACACGACCACGACACGAUGCCGCUGCCUUUCAACAAGAAUUUAGACUUAAAACUCCUCAAACUAGUCAAAGAAAAUCAAAUACUCUACAACACUAAACAUUCCAAAUAUUUAGAUUUUGAUUCAAGAGAAGUGGUUUGGCAAAAGAUUGGAGACUCGCUGAGCAGGCCAGCUUUGGUAUGCAAAUCAAGAUGGAUCAAUAUUCGAGACAUGAUGAGGCGAAAAAUCCGAGAUCGUCUGCGGAACCCGAACCAGCACAGUUACAAGUACAAAUAUGAGGACGAGCUCUCCUUCAUGAUGCCUUACUUCAAGGAGUCCACAGCGACAGGAACCUCAAACGAGGAGUACGCCGACUUCCUCGACGACGAGGCCUGCGAAGUCGAGAUGCCGACUGAAGUCUUCGUUGAUGAGACCUUAGACUUCGAGGACACAAGAGACACUAAACCUUUAUUCAGGAAACGACAAGAACAAGACACUUCCAGAGAAUUCGUUGAGCCCAUGUACCAAGAACUAAACCCAGCUGAUCCUCUUGACGUAUUUCUGCUGACUAUAGGCUCAACGUUACGGAAGUUCAGUCCUUAUUACUUGAACCAGGCGAAGAGCAAGAUCUUCCAAGUGGUGCAGGACUACGAGCUGCAGCAGAUCGUGAACAAGGAUGACCAGACCCCCGGCAGCAGUAUGAGUGAUACAACUAGAUAGUGUUAGUGUAAUGUAAUAAAGUUAAUUUAUAUUUA